CUGGUGUUUUAUAAAAUCCUUCUAAUUUCACGAUCGAAUUAGAUUUACUCCGAAAUUAUUAAAGGAAAGUGUAUUCUUCAUAAAAUUAAGUUUACUUACAAGUUUGUUGUAAUACAAGUUUCACAACAUAAGCCAUCACUUUAUUUAUAUUACUUUUCAUUGUGAACCUGUCAAAGUGCUCGUAGUUUGUUCACGCUUUCUUUUAAAUUCAUAUUUCAUUAAGACUCAGUUUUUACAUUGUAGAAGACAAGUGGGAAACAGCUGAUAGCUUUUUCAAUUACUCUCUUACUGUUUUAUUGCUACUAGACGCGUAGAAGAUGAUUCAGAUUAUUUUAGAAAUAAAGAUAUAGACCGUGUAAAGUAAAUGAACACCAUGAACGUGGAUUUAAAGCAGACGUUUGCGCGCAUCAAGCCAGUGUGCGAUGUUGUGAUGAUGUGCCCGAGCGCGGAGUCCAUCGCGCAGUUCACGAGCCGCGUCGGCGAGCUGAAGAAGGAGGCUGUGCAGGAGCUGCAGCAGUACCUCCUGUUUCCAUUCAUAACCCAUAUAAAGUCUACUGAAAUUGAGAAGAAAUAUGAGCUUCAGUGGAGAAUAAUAGAUGCUAUCCGAAUGGUACUGGAGAAAGUGACAGUGAUCAGUUUUGAGAUGUGCAUCAAGAUAGAGACAGGGCUGCUCACCCUGGUGUUCGAUAACUCCAAGCCUGGCAUGAUUGCUGAUGUGCCAGAAGAAUUAAAGCACUCUAUUAUGAAGUGCCUCACAGUGCUCAUGUUGCACAUAGAUGAGCAUGUUCGCAAGAAGUUGCUUCGAACGCAGGUGCCCCUCAUUGCUCAAGCCGUCUUUGUGUCCGUCCACCUUGCCAAGCUGGAGAGGCUCCGAGCGCUGAGGCUAGCAGCCAUUGACUCUGUGACCGCGCACACCGCCUGCCACCGCCAGCUGACGGAUGGGUACCACAUAAAGGACAUCCCACUGGAGGCGCUGGUGGUGGACAUGCUGGCCAGCAUCCUGCCCGGCGUGCUGGCCGCGCUGCAGGACGUGGCCACCUGCACUGACAACCCGGGACAUGCGGUGCAAGUGGCAGCAAUAGACGCCAUACACCGCAUACUGUGUCUCACGAUGAACGACAAAUACUUGCUCAAGCACUCGACUUUAACGGCCGAAGACUUCGCAAAGAUGGUCAUAGACAAGCGAAAACCUAACAAAGAAGUAAGCAGUAAGGAAAAGAAUCCCAAGGAGAUAUCCAAACGUUCAGCCGAAUGGUUCGCAAUGGCGGGCGAUAAGCUGGUACUGAUUAGCAAGUGUUUGUCGGAACUGGUCACGAACGAUCAUCCUAAAGUACGUCGUGAGCUCGGCGUGUACUGCGCGAGGCUGCUCACGGAGUGUCAUCAAACAAUGCAGCCAUCAGUCUCCAUCGCCCUGGACCUGCUACUGGCGCUUUCCGGCGACUCGCAUCCCGAAGUGUCAGAAUACUGCUCACAGGCGGUGCGAGCGCACUGCGGCCGCCACGUGGCCGACAGCCUGCGGGACAACUUCACAGCCACCGUUGCUGGCCUGCCGCGCGUGUUGAACAACGUCGAUUCCGCCCGCAAACUAACAGCCCUAAACAAGUUAUACGGCUACAUAGAAGUGAUGAUGGACUCCGCACAACCGCAGACGCUGACGGCAGCGCUCAGCACCGAGGACUCCCUGCAGGGCCUCGUGAGCGCGCUGCUGGAGGCGGCCGCGCUGCACACCGACCUCGUGCUGCUCGCGCGCCACACGAGAGACGGCGUGCCGACGACACCGCCGACGUCAUCACCGUGGCUGAAGCUGCGGCACCUCUCGGGCUCGGCGACCGCUCGGCUGUGGAGCGCGGCGCGGCUGCUGGGCGGCGCCGAGUGCGCGGCGCUGCUGCUCGACCGCCUCGGCCCGCACGCCGCCGAGAGCGCCGCGCUGGCCAACCAGCUCGCGUCAGCUCCUAACGCCCCAACGGAAUUAGCGCAGCGCGUGCUAAGUGCAUACACGGAGGAGAGCACGUGGUACCUACCGCUAGAGGUGGGCUGUGAAGAGGCGCCCUCUACAGAUGAAACCCUCGACCCAUCUGUGUACGACCCCCGCGCAUGGACCAAGGACAGCGUGCCAGGUCUAUACGAGGGCGCUACUGAAACUCGCUACACGGGCAUCAGCUACGCGGCUCCCCGCACCCCGCGGCGGGCAGCGGGCACCUGCGCCACGCUGGGCGAGGCGCAGCGCAAUAUGGCGCUCUCCUGCAUACUGACUGAGGGCGUCGGCCUAAUGGCGAAGAGGCUUAUGGCUGACUUUCAACCCUAUCUUCUGAAAACGCUCUGCUUGAUACUGGAGAGAGUCGGUAGUACGUACGAGUUGCUUCACCUAGCUGGCGUAAAGGCCAUCAGCGACAUCGCGACAGCGUGCGGCCACGAAUCCGUGCCCGACCUCAUCCGCUGCAACGCUGACUACUUCACGCAUCAGAUCUCUGUCAGGCUAAAGAAGGCUUGGAACACUGAGUCAGCACUUCAAAUCCUGUCCGUGGUUAUGCAGUACAGUGACGCGAGUAUACUGGACUGUCUAUAUGGAAUAGUGGAAGAUGUUCUUGUCCAAAGUUUGGAUAAAUAUCACGAAAAAAACUUACAAGCAUACCUUCAAGUGUUCCUGACUUUCAUAACCUGCAUCCGAAAAUGGUUUCCUGUCGAGGAUGAAUCCAAAAAGACUGACAAUAGUAAAAAAGGAAAGGGCCAAGAAAUCGACGUCUUGAAAGAUCUGAUGGAAUAUCUGGCGCAUACUGAAGAGAUGGAGAAACUGAUGAAAAACGAAGAAGUGGAGACGAAACAAACGGCAGAAGAGAUGUAUAAGGAAGAUCAGAAAUUGAGGGAAGAAGGGAUCUUGGACUAUGAUGAUAAAGUUACAGAGGAAGCCCCUCCCCUGCCUCGGCACAUCGUGGUGACGCGGACGAUUCUGAAGCGCUGCCUCAACUUCCUCACGUCCAAGAACACCGAGGUCGCCAUCCUAGCGCUGCAGGUCUUAAACGAGGGUUUUCCGAUUCUGGAAAAGUAUCAAGAUGAAUUGCUGCCGCUGGCUCACCAAUGCUGGGCGCCGCUAGCCGCGCGCUGCGCCGCGGACGACGCUGUUGUACUGCGCCGAGCGCUGGAGCUUCUAGUCACUAUGGCGGCGCUGGCUAAGGACUUCCUCAGACAGCGGGCGGCUACGGACGUGUUACCGCACAUAUACUCGUUCCUGCACAAGUCGGCGCGCGAGAGCCACCUGAAGGACGCGGGCGCCGCCUACCGCAGCUCCGCCGCAUACCGGCUACAGGCAUGCGCGCUGAACGCACUGAGCACCCUGGCCUCAGACCUGGUGCUGGAGGCCGAUCGCCUGGAGGCCGCCAUGGCCUGUGUCGACCACUACCUCAGCAGCAAGCAGCCUAGGCCUCUGCAGGAGCUCGCUGUGAAGUUCUUCAAAGCAAUGCUGGAGUACGACUUCGGCGCGACUUGGUACCAUCUGCGCGUGGUCGCCGACAACGAAUGCGUACUUCACCCGCCGGACUGCAAGCCCAUAGACCUGGUCCCCAUCAUCGGUACCCCCUACAGCCCCUCCAAGAAAGAUCUCGAACGCAAUGUGGCGCUCGUGUUCACGGGGUACGAACACCAAGGCUAGCACACGCCGUGUCUGCGGAGAUGCAGACGCGGUAAACGAAAACUUGCACGGUAAAGUGGAGCAUUUUACUAAAUGUACUAGUUACUCGUAUGUCCCGUUUAAACUUGAAUUUUAUAAUGUGUAUGUUUUUUACUCUGCGACAAUGGAUGUGGAAAAUGCUCAAUAAAAUUCAGACUUGAAACUUUGAUAUAAUGUAGGCCAUUAAAUAAAAAUAUGUCUAUAUGGGACAGCUCAUGAAUAUCUCAUUUAUACUAUUCAGAUUCAAAUGGAGUUAAUUGUAUCGUAUUCAAUACGAUGUUUUACUUGGAACCAAUCUGUUAAUCCAACACUGCAUUAACAGCGCAUAUAUACAUCCCCGUUUUUUCUAGCUUUAUUGUUGAGCCUUAACAUUGAUGUCUGUAUAAGCAUGUAUAAUAUGCACAAUCAUUAACAUACCGUUUCAAGAUAUAUGACU